AUCUAUUAGCGGAAAAUUCAAACUUGUACGAUGGUUUCUCUCUCUGACGCUGAGAGUCUCGUCAGAUCUGAGGAUAUGCGAAUCGGGUAAUCAAAAGGAUCGUAGUAGCCCUACCGAGAUGGAAUUGGAAGAUAGUGAUGCACGGGGAAAGCACAGGAUCCUUGCUGAGCUUGGUCGCGUCGAAGAGGAAGUCAGAUUCUUGGAGAAAGAGCUGGGAGAGCUCGGGCAGACUGAUAUCGUAUCAACCGUUUGUGAGGAGCUGCUCUGUCUUAUCGAGAAAGCACCCGACCCUCUCUUGCCCCUGACCAAUGGGCCUUUGAACUUAGGAUGGGACCGGUGGUUUGAAGGACCAAAUGGGGGAGAUGGCUGCAGCUGCUUUAUACUUUGAUCCAACAGAGUUAAAUGGGGUUUACAUAAAUAUAGGCCUGGCCAGUUUUGGUGUUAAGACUAGUUUACAUGGGACCCAACCCAGAGUUUUAACAUGAGUGAUCUAUAUAAUCUCCUGGUAGAAAAAAAUCGUACAGAGCUCUGGGUUGUGUAGCAUGGUUAAAUUGCAAGUAUGUAAGCUAAGCAGUACCAUAUUGUAUGUAUGAGAUUCGAAUCUGACAUCCGAGCAAUCGAGUUUGAGCUUCUCAUUGUUGUU